GAUUAUGUAAAGUUUUUGUGUGAACAGUUUUUUAUGCACACAUGUUUUUUAUGUGUUUUAUGUAUGGACAAGUGCUGAAUACCAGUCUUUCUACCAGUUCCAGAGUUGCACUUCCUUAUGACCGGGCACUGUGCCACACUAAUAUUUGUUAAUAGCAGUGCCAGUUAGUGCACAGCCCAGGCACACAUUCUGAAUGCUGAUUUGUUAGACUGCAGUUGGCAGUUGCAGGCUCACCACUAGUGGAAACAGUUUUGACAAGUCUUGAGACUAGUAACGAUAUAUAAAGCAAAGGGGACAAUGUCCAAAGUCUAGCACAAUACUCAGACUGACAAGCAGAGAGUACGAGGAUGGCCAGGGCAGAUCAAGUAGUAAAGCAGAAAAAUGGACCAGCCAAUGGUAGUCAAUACAAGAGAGAAUACAAGGAAUAUUUUGAAGAAGCCCCCUUGCACAUCCUUGUGUCUACCUACCUUUGUUAUGGAAUUUUAAUCUUAUUCGGCUACUUACGGGAUUUCAUGAGAAAAUGGGGAUUGGAACAAUGCCACAUGGCCAAAGAAAGGGAAGAGCAAAAAGAUUUUGUGCCUCUUUAUCAAGACUUUGAAAAUUUCUACAAAAGAAAUAUAUACAUGCGCAUCCGUGAUUCUUUUAAUCGACCCGUAUGCAGUGUCCCAGGAGCUCAAUUUGAUCUAAUGGAGCGAGUGACUGAUGACUACAACUGGACCUACAGGUACACCGGAAAAGUCAUUAAGGAUGUGAUAAAUAUGGGAUCAUACAACUAUCUGGGUUUUGCGGAAAAUAAUGAUGAGUCACUGGACACAGUGAUGAAUGUACUUGAGAGAUAUGGCGUUGGAGUGUGCAGUACCAUACAUGAACUGGGACAAAUGGAUAAACUACAAGAGCUAGAAGAUUUGCUUGCAAAGUUCCUCAAAGUAGAAGCAGCAAUGGUUUGCACUAUGGGUUUUGCCACAAAUUCAACAAACAUUCCAGCUCUGGUUGGAAAGGGCUGUCUUAUCCUUAGUGAUGAAUUAAACCACACUUCUCUGAUUCUUGGGGCAAGACUCUCUGGAGCUACCAUUCGAGUAUUUCAACACAACAAUAUGCAGAACCUGGAAAAAUUAUUGCGGGAUGCAGUAGUGAGAGGUCAGCCACGUACUCACAGAGCCUGGAAGAAAAUUCUCAUUAUUGUUGAAGGAGUAUAUAGCAUGGAAGGGUCAAUUGUCCGUCUUCAAGAAGUAAUAGCGUUAAAAAAGAAAUAUAAAGCUUACCUAUAUUUGGAUGAAGCACACAGUAUUGGAGCAGUGGGGCCUACUGGACGAGGUGUGGUGGAAUACUUUGGAAUGGAUCCUGCAGAAGUUGAUGUGACAAUGGGGACAUUUACCAAAAGCUUUGGAGCCAUGGGAGGAUAUAUUGCUGGAAAAAGGGAUCUUGUGGAUUAUCUACGAAAGCACUCCCACAGUGCAUUUUAUGCAGCAUCUAUAUCUCCACCUAUAGCUGAGCAGAUCAUAAGGGUCAUCAAGUGCAUCAUGGGAAGUGAUGGGACAUUGACAGGCCAGCAAAGAGUCAAUCAACUUGCAGAGAACACCAGAUACUUCAGAAAGAAAUUAUAUGACUUGAAUUUAAUUACUUAUGGAAAUGAAGACUCUCCUGUUGUCCCUGUGCUCAUGUACAUGCCAACCAAAGUAGCAGCUUUUGCACGGCACAUGCUGAAGAAGAAAAUUGGCGUUGUUAUAGUUGGCUUCCCAGCAACUCCUAUCACUGAGGCCAGAGUGAGAUUUUGCAUGUCAGCCGCACAUACGAAGGAGAUGUUGGACAAGGUCUUGCAUGAGCUGGAUAAAAUGGGUGACGCUUUAAAUGUCAAGCAUUCCCGUCAUUGCAGAAAAAAACGUGCAAUGGUUUACGAUGAAACUAACGUAGAACUUGAUGCUUGAGACCAGUGGCACACUUGAAGCUAUAACAACCAUCUCCACUAUUGUGUAGCCACCUUAAACGGGUAUUCCCAUCUUGCUAUUUCAUCCUCACCUUCAGCCAAGCUCUGGAGUUCACUUCCUGGUUUCCUGCUUCUAAGGCUGGGCGGGCUUAGGCAGUUUGAGUGAAGGCAGGCCACGCCUCUUUAUGACAUCACACUGAGAACUCAGUCUUUGCGUGCCAGUUCAUGUGGAUAGUAUGAGCCAUCAGCCUGCAGUGUCUGUGAGGCCCCUCCCCCUUGCUGGGGAAUCGUCACUCAGAGAGCUGUGAUAAGUGAGCUCAGUAGACAGUAACAUGUGGCUGUCCUGCAGUCUAAUACAGUUUUACACACAGAACCUGUCUUAUCUUUUACAAACCCAAUUUGUGUAGCAAAACAAUAAUUUACUAAUAUACUUUAGCCCAAAAGCAUCUGUCUUCGCCAGUCCCCUACCAGCACUGUGGCUGAACCGCUUCUGAUACAGCACUACUACAUCUGUCUUCCUUGAACCGCUUCAUAUACAGCUUAGCUACAUCUGUCUUCCCCUUCCCCAAUAGCACUGUGGCUGAACCGUUUCAUAUACAGCUCUGCUACUUCUGUCUUCCCUGAACCGCUUCUUACACAGCUCUGCUACAUGUCUUCCCUGAACUGCUUCUUAUACUGCUCUGCUACAUCUGUUUUCCCCAGUCCCCUACCUGCACUGUGGCUAAACCGCUUCUGAUACAGCUCUGCUACAUCUGUCUUCCCUGAACCGCUUCAUAUACAGCUCUGCUACAUCUGUCUUCCCUGAACCACUUCAUAUACAGCACUGCUACAUCUGUCUUUCCUGAACCGCUUUGUAUACAGCUCUGCUACAUCUGUCUUCCCCAGUCUCCUACCAGCACUGUGGCUAAACCCCUUCUGAUACAGCUCUGCUACAUAUGUCUUCCGUGAACCGCUUCAUAUACAGCUUUGCUACAUCUGUCUUUCCUAAAACGCUUCUUAUACAGCUCUGCUAUAUCUGUCUGCCUCUCCACUACCAGCACUGUGUUCGAAUCACUUUAAAUACAGCUCUUCUACAUCUGUCUUCCCUGAACCUCUUCUGGGGUGCUAAAAUGUGUUGGAUUGUAUGGAGGGGGGGCUGCUGUGUGAGAUUGUAUGAAGGGGGGUGUCUUGUGGAAUUAUGCUGAGGGGGGGGGAGUUGUAUGUGGGAUUGUAUGCUGAGACUUAUUUGCAUAUUAAUAAAAUGCUG